AAGGUUCCGCCUACAAGACGUUCUACGUCGGCGGGCUUUAUAAUCACACUAGCAGAGGUCUGAUUUAUUCGGACCAAGCGUUGUUGCUUAGUACUUCAGCCAUGUGCUCCUUGUCGUUGUUCCCUCCUCCUCCACCUGAUGGACACACCACAUUAUAUGAAUCUAACAAUGAGCUGGUACACAGCAACAGCCUGGACAGCUACCAGAAGCAGGAAUGGGAUCCCCCUUCUCUCCAUAUUUCUAAGGAAACACUGAAGCCCCACUGCCGUCCCGAGAGCAGCAGUAAAUCUGCCUUUAUCCAUCAUCAGGAGACACUGUGGAUGAGGACUGCCAGUGCCUGGCAUGAUGCUGGUCUUACUGGUUUAUUGGAUGAAAUUUCUCACUCGGCAAAUGAAGUCCCAAAGUGGAUGAAAGUUGCUUCUUGCCUGACCCUUGCACUUCUACGGUGGACAUCUUUUCAUGGGUCUUUGUUUCCUCAUCUCAGUAUGAGCAGUGAUGACAUGAUAACAGAGUUUUCACAGGCCAUGGACUGGGCAGGCUGUUCUGUUCGUUGUCUGGCCUGGCAUCCUCAUGCUGACAAGUUCGCUGUGGCUCUGCUGGAUGAUUCAAUUCGAGUACACAACUCCAAAAGUGCCACCGCCCCAACUCUAAAACACAGACUACAGAGAAAUGUGGCAGCUCUGGCUUGGAAACCACUUUGUGCUUCAGCACUAGCUGUGGCAUGCCAGAACUGUGUACUUGUGUGGCAUGUGGACCCAACCUCUCUGUCCACAAGACCUUCUUCUGGCUGUGCUCAGGUCUUGUCUCACCCCGGUCACUCACCAGUAACUUCACUUGCUUGGUCUCCAAGUGGAGGUAUACUUCUCUCUGCUUCACCUGUUGACACGUCCAUGUUGGUUUGGGAUGUGGCCAGUGAGAGUUGCAUUCCUCUUCAGAGAGUUGGAGGGGGUGGUGUUACUUUCCUUUCUUGGGCACCCAAUGGGAGUCGUCUCCUGGCAGCCACUCCAUCAUCUUUAUUCAGGGUCUGGGAAACACAAACAUGGACUUGUGAGCGGUGGCCCACUCUGAAAGGACGUUGUCAGACUGGUUGCUGGAGUCCUGAUGGGAGUCGCCUUUUAUUUGCAGUGCAGGGAGAGAGUCUGAUUUAUUCUUUGUCUUUUAUGGACACUCCUGGGGAACCUUUAGGACAAGUUGGUGGUUCAAAGAUGGCAUCUGUUGUAGCUGACCUAUCUGAAACAACCUUUAACACUUUGAGUGGAGAGGUGAGCAGGAUUGGAGGAGAAGUACAGUCACUUGUAUGGGAUCCUAGGGGAGAAAGACUAGCCGUACUGAUCAAAGGAGACCUGGAUAGAGAUACCAGAGCCAUCAUUGCCAUCUUUAAAACUCGUAAUAGUCCAGUCUUUGAACUUCUUCCAUGUGGAUUUAUCCAAGGCUGUGUUGGAGAAGAGCCACAGCUGAUCCAGUUCCACAUGCAAUUCAAAAAGGGAGCUUUACUGACUGUGUGCUGGUCCAGUGGGAGAAUCUGCCAUGUUCCCUUCUACUUCGUGACUGCCGGAUUGCCUCGCCUCAGCCUGGGCUCAAGCCCACCAGUUUCUCAUUCUCAAGGUGUGAAUAUCGACAGGCAACUCUUCACAGAGAUGAGCACUUGAAGCUACUUGCACUUGUGGACCCCACUCAUUUAUAUUUGGAAAAAGGACUAUGCAAAGGGAUGUGGGACUGAUUUGGCUUCCAAUUUAAAGAGCAGAGGAAAAAAUAAUCUUUUAAUGUCCUAAUGUGUUACAGUGGUGGAAAUGAUUUCCGGUGUUGAAUUUUGUGUGUAUGUAUUUUUUGCUUUUUAUUUCAUAUAGUAAAGCACUAACUUAUAAUUGUAAGAACCGGCCUUUCUCCAUAUUUAACCACAGUUCCUGCUGCUGGAGUUGAAGGCUUGUAAUGCUAAUCCCAGAGGGUAAUGAUUAGAUAAUAGUGUACUGUGCAGUGCUCUGUGUACAGUUUUGCUGACCUCUGUGGGCAGCGAGAGUCCGCCCUUUUAUUUCUAGUACAUUUUUGCUUUAGGCAGCAUGCUUAGAAACUCAGAGCCAAAAAGAAAAGCCUCUAAAAUAGUUUAUUGAAAUAUGUUUUAAAAUUACACUUAAAAAUGGCUUUUUAAUACAAAUUAUGAUCUCCACCCUGAAUGCCUCAUUUUCCACAAAAGGAGGAGCAGCUGGAAAAUGUGGUGCAAAAAGUAAACCUAGUGAAAAUCUGUAAAAUUUUAACAUUCUUUCUUGCUACUUCAUUUACCCCUGGCAAGUCAGUUGCUGCUCUGAGGCCAAAUGAAAACAGCAAACGCUUCAGAAAUGACAAUGCAGGCAUUAGCAUGUUUUAAAGGAGCAUCUAAAUUAAAAAUUACAAAGCUAUCCCUGAAAGUUGUAGAGAAAAACUAAGCAGCUCCAAAAAGAGCAUGAACAUUCAUGAUACUAACUUUGGAGUGACUCUGACCUAUAUUUGUGGAAAAGGUCCAAGUUGGGAUUGCAGCUGGCUGAGCCCACAGCAUUUUGCACAAGCGGGGCACGGGGUUCAGUAGCAGAGGCCCUUUCUUAACUUGACGCUGAGCCUUUCUUGAGAACCAAGAUUAGCUGAACUGUUUCUGCAAGUAGCCUGGGUAGAGAGCUUCACCAAUCUGUUUUAUAGACAAAACUGAAAUGGAAAGGCAGGGCAGGGCUCCCUUCUAAACUACAUCAAAGAGGGGGGAUGGAUUCUCGUUUACUCCUUGUGUAGUCUACAUUAGAGAAGAUUGGUCAUCUAGAGAAGCAAAAAAAUCUCAAAUUUAGAAUUUAAAGAUUGGGCUUUUGUCUUAUAUGUAGGGAUGGGACAGUUACUGGCUGUUACAAUUAACAACCCACUCGUUAUUACACUACGUUAUAUUUUAGUUAUCUCUAGAAACUUUGUCAGCUGCUGUGUUUUUGAAACAAAUGCUGUAUUCCCUAAAAAGUGCAUAAUCAAGCACAAGUACCAAAACUGGGUAUCUAGUGCUUGAUGAAAGUGGUUCAGAGCACUUUCAGCCUUCGAAAAUUAAGUAUGGUCCUAUUUUGAUUUUAUUUUUAAAAGUGUUGGAGAAAUUGACUAUCCUAUCUACAGAACGUGCAGAAAGAAAGUUGCAGAAAUGUGCAGUUUAACUUGCUAAUUGAUUUUCCAAUAUGAGGUGUUCGUGUUAUGUGCUCUAAUGAGUAUUUCACUACGUACAGUAUGUGGGGCUUGAAAUUUGUCACAGGAUUGUGGGUAUCCCAAACAAAAUAAACAAUUCCUACAAAUUCUGAUUUUUAAAGCACAAAUUUCCCAGACAUUUGUUUGGUAAGUAAUUUCUCUUAGCUGUUGCAAGAAU